UUCAAAAUUUGAGACGAGUAGUUCCGCUGUAAAUCGAUCUACCUGAGUGACGCUAGGUUAUAAUUUACCUAUGGGUACCAACACCAGAGACAUACCUACCUCAGUGCUGGGUAUAGCACUUGUGCUGUGUUUCCUACUGUUAUUUUUUCUACAUAUUAUCGUGUACCUGUGCGACCUCAAGAGGGACCGCCUAGGCCACGUAUCUUAGGACAUACCUGCCUACCUAUUUACCUACCUACCUACUGGUCGUCACCGACCCCACUACUUACCUAGGUAGGUACCGAUCCGCACGUCGUUCCUCUCGCCGCCUCCUUGGAGUAGUUGCCCCAAGCGUACGUCUGGAAUUUGUGAAUCAAACGGCCGACGCCCCUGUUGAACCUAGGAUCACAAGCCUUGUCGAUAUGAUCCGUAUCCCCCGACAACUUAAUGAUGGUGGUUAAGAACCUCCCUGUUCUUUUUCGGGCGGCUUCCACCGGCACGUCCUGAUUCCAGUCUACUUUACGGGAAGCGAACCAGGUAGCCUGCUGCAGCCGAACCGCCCUGCGCACCGAGAUGGCCUCAACCGUGAAGAUGAUGGAAACCAGCGCCGUCGUGAACGCGCAUUCAAAGGCGAACAACCGCGAUAGCGUAAAGGCCGAUACGCCCUCUUGGAAAGUGUGGUACAGUGCACAGAGCCCGGCUAUGCCCAGGAAAGACGCGUCAAGCUCUUUGGCAGUGCAUGUUCCGGAAGAGAGGCACGCAAUGGUUGCGAGGGUCCAGUAGGCAGAGUCGCAGUAGGAGACGUAUAAUGCGAUGCCAAUCACAUCGAGAGACGGUAUCGAAUUCCAAAGCAGAGCGAGGGGACGACCACGUGCAACUCCAUUCUCUAUUCAAGAGGAGAGGGUUCGUUUUCUGCGUUCACCUCUGGGUUGUCUGCACAGAUGGCUGGUUCGUGCAGCAAUCUGCAUUAGGAAUUGGUCUUCUUUUGCAACGUAGCACAGAUAGACUCCC